AUGUCCCGUAACAGAUGCGCUCGUCGCGAGGAAAAGCAACGUCGUAAUGCCGAAUUCCGUAACGAAAUGAAAAACCAACUUAGACAAAUAUUUUCAAUAUUAUCGACAGGGACGAUGACACAAUAUAAUAAAAUUGUUCAAAGUCAUUCAAAUGUCCCUUAUAAUAAUUUUAACAACACACAGCAAACAAUUCCAAUGCCACCUGAAAGAGUUGAACAAUGGGUUGUGACUCUGAGAACCAUAUUUCCUGAUUGUGAACCGGCAUUCAUUCGAAAUUGUCUCGAAAACGAAACGAAUGAUCAUUUAGAAAUUGUAGCCGAAAGAUUAUCAACAACACCAUAUCCUAAAGUAACUUCAGUAACACCUUUAACGUCUAAUUUACUCCUGGAACUGGAUAAUGACUUCCUUUUCGAAGAGGCACCACCAUCAUAUGAGGAAUCAUUAGAACAACCAUCCCCACCUUUGCCUGUACGUCAUCAUAGGAACUCACCAUUAUUUUCACGGUCACAAGAAUCAUAA